GUUUAGAGCACAGAAGGCAAAGGAAUAAGAGAUAGUGUAAUUCCCUAUCAAAGAGGAGCGAGAAGAGUGAGGCACAGAUCUAGCUCUACCAUUUCCGUUCCUCUCGCUCUUCUCAUCUCAUCUCAUCUCACUCCAGAUACAACACUAUCCUACAUCAUGGGAUUCCCAUCAAACGGUUCAUCAUCAUCCACAGAAGAUAAGCCUCUCAAGUUCCUUAUCUACGGUCGAACCGGAUGGAUUGGAGGACAGUUAGGUAAAAUCUGCACAGCCCAAGGGAUCCAAUUCGAAUACGGGUCGGGUCGUCUUGAAAACAGAUCUUCGCUUGAAUCAGACAUAGCGGAGAUUAAACCGAGCCACGUGUUCAACGCUGCCGGUGUUACGGGUCGACCCAAUGUUGACUGGUGUGAGACUCAUAAGGUUGAGACUAUCCGUGCCAACGUGGCUGGUACUCUCACCCUUGCUGACGUCUGCCGGGAGCGUGGACUCAUUCUCAUCAAUUUCGCCACUGGAUGUAUUUUCGAGUAUGAUUCUGCUCAUCCCCUUGGAUCUGGUAUUGGAUUCAAGGAACAAGAUACUCCCAAUUUCAUUGGUUCUUUCUACUCCAAGACAAAGGCUAUGGUAGAGGAUCUGCUUAGGAACUACGAUAAUGUAUGCACAUUAAGAGUGAGGAUGCCUAUUUCAUCCGAUUUAUCCAACCCUCGCAAUUUCAUCACAAAGAUCACUCGAUACGAGAAGGUUGUCGAUAUUCCAAACUCGAUGACUAUCUUAGACGAACUUCUUCCUAUCUCAAUAGAAAUGGCGAAGAGAAAUCUAACUGGAAUUUGGAACUUCACCAAUCCCGGAGUUGUUAGCCACAAUGAAAUCUUACAGAUGUACAAAGAGUAUGUCGAUUCCAACUUCACAUGGAAGAACUUCACUCUUGAGGAACAAGCCAAGGUGAUUGUUGCUCCAAGAAGCAACAAUGAGCUUGACGCAGAAAAAUUGAAGAAGGAAUUUCCUGAAUUAUUGUCUAUUAAGGAAUCACUCAUUGAGAAUGUCUUCAAGCCAAAUCAGAAAGUUGAUGCUUGAGUAAUAUGGUUCACAGUUUUAUCAUUGUUUUUCAUUUAAUUCAGUUUGUGUGGAUGCUACAAAGAUGUGUCUCUUCAUUCAUACGAUUCAGUGAUUGUAUUUUUAAUUUAUAUGUUGUAUUUGUACUGUCUCAAUGAAUAAAUAGUUGCAAAUUACUCAUGAAGAAUGAAGUUUGUAUGCUUUA